AUGGCGCAGCCGCCGGACGACACUCCGGUCAUCACCCCGGCCAUGCUGGAAGAGGAAAAGCGGCUGGAAGCUGUCGGUCUGGAAGAGUGGAAAAUGCUGGAGAAGGCUCGCCUAUCUUGGGAUAGAGAUUCUAAUGAAAUCCGCUACAAGAGACUUCAACAUUUGCUUGAAAAAAGCAAUAUAUAUUCCAAAUUUUUGUUGACCAAAAUGGAACAGCAGCAAAUGGAGGAACAGAAGAGGAAAGAAAAAUUGGAACGAAAGGAGGAAGCUUUAAAAGUUUCAAAGGGGAAAAAAUCAGCUGAUACAAGUGAAGAAAAACCAGUUACGAAAAAGAAAAGAGGAAGAGAAGAAGAAUAUAAUAUUUCAGAAGUCAUGUCAAAAGAGGAAAUUUUGUCAGUGGAAAAAGAAGACAGUUGGGAUGAAAGCUCUUCUUCUAUACAGCUUUCUGUAGAAGAUCUUCAAAAAAGUAGUGAUACAAAUAGUGUGAUUAAAAAUAGAUUAUCACAAGUUGUUCGGCAUAAUGCUAAAUAUUUUCUAGACCCAGUAAGGAAAUGUAAUGGCCAGUCAGUACCCUUUCAACAACCAAAGCACUUCACAGGAGGAGUAAUGCGGUGGUACCAAGUAGAAGGCAUGGAGUGGCUUAGGAUGCUUUGGGAAAAUGGUAUUAAUGGCAUUUUAGCAGAUGAAAUGGGAUUAGGAAAGACUGUUCAGUGCAUUGCCACAAUUGCAUUAAUGGUUGAGAGAGGAGUCCCUGGACCAUUCCUUGUGUGUGGUCCUUUGUCAACACUUCCUAACUGGAUGGCUGAAUUCAAAAGAUUUACACCACAGAUUCCUAUUAUGUUGUAUCAUGGAGAUCAACAAGAACGUCGAAAAUUGGCACAAAAGAUUCGUAAAUGUGAAGGGACAUUGCAGAUACAUCCUGUGGUAAUUACAUCUUUUGAAAUAGCGAUGAGAGACAGAAAUGCUCUACAGCAUUGCUACUGGAAAUACUUAAUAGUAGAUGAAGGACACAGAAUUAAGAACAUGAAUUGUCGUCUGAUCAGGGAAUUAAAACGAUUCAAUGCUGACAACAAACUUCUGUUGACUGGUACACCCUUGCAGAACAAUUUAGCAGAGCUCUGGUCAUUGCUAAUUUUUGAUGACUUGAAAAGCUUUGAGUCCUGGUUUGACAUAAAUAGUCUUACAGAAAUUACUGAGGACAUCGUUGAAAGGGAACAGAAUGUUUUACAUAUGCUUCACCAGAUUCUAACGCCUUUCUUACUAAGAAGAUUAAAAUCUGAUGUUGCACUUGAGGUUCCUCCUAAACGAGAAGUAGUAGUAUAUGCACCUCUUUCAAAGAAACAAGAAACCUUCUAUAUGGCAAUUGUGAACCGUACAAUUUCAAAAAUGUUUGGAUGCAGUAAGAAAGAAACUAUUGAGCUGAGUCCCACAGGAAGACCAAAGCGCCGAAGCAGAAAAUUGGUUAAUUAUAGUACAUUUGAAGGUGAUAAUGUGCCUGAUGAGUUAGAAAAAUUGAUCAGUCAAAUGCAACCAGAGAUGGAAUCACAAAGACCUGUGGUAGAAAUGACUAUUCCUAUAGAAUCAGAAGUUAACCUAAAGCUACAAAACAUUAUGAUGCUUCUUCGAAAAUGUAACCACCCAUACCUCAUUGAAUACCCUCUAGAUCCUGUCACACAAAAAUUUCAAAUAAAUGAAGAAUUAGUGACAAGUUCAGGGAAGUUCUUAAUUCUGGAUCGGAUGCUUCCAGAGCUCAAAAAAAGAGGUCAUAAGGUGCCUUUUUCACAAAUGACAAUGAUGUUGGACAUUUUGAUGGAUUACUGUUAUCUUAGAAAUUACAGCUUUAGCCGAUUGGAUGGAUCCAUGUCUUACGUAGAAAGAGAAGAAAAUAUGCACAAGUUCAACACAGAUCCUGAAGUAUUCCUAUUUUUAGUUAGUACCCGAGCUGGUGAUCUAGGUAUUAAUUUGACUGCAGCAGACACAGUUAUCAUUUAUGAUAGUGAUUGGAAUCCUCAGUCUGAUCUUCAGGCCCAAGACAGGUGUCACAGAAUUGGUCAAACAAAACCAGUUGUUGUAUAUUGUCUUGUGACAGCAAAUACUGUUGACCAGAAAAUUGUGGAGAGAGCAGCUGCCAAGAGAAGGCUGGGAAAACUCAUCACCCACAAAAAUCAUUUCAAAGGUGGUAAAUCUGGAUUAAGUCAAUCUGAGACCACCUUGGAUCCUCAGGAAUUGAUGGAAUUACUGAAAUCUAGAGACUAUGAAAGGGAAGUAAAAGGAUCAAGGGAGAAAGUUAUCAGUGAUAAAGAUUUAGAAUUGUUGCUGGAUCGGAGUGACCUAAUUGAUCAAAUGAAUGCCUCUGUGCCAGUUAAAGAGAAGGUGGGAAUUUUCAAGGUUUUAGAAAAUUCUGAAGAAUCAGAUGCUGAUUGUAUGUUUUGAAUUGGGAUGUAAAGAAUGGCCUCAAAACAGGUCCUUAUAAAAGUG